AUGUCGCAGACACUGAUGGCGCGCAUUGGCGCCGUGCGACUUCUCCUGCAGGACAUGACUGGCUCGCCUCGCCACGGGUCCAUAUCGCAGGUGCAGGCGAACGCCUUGGAGACCCUGGUUGCGAGGAACAAGCAGGUCUUUCUGACGACCAGAAGGCGAGUGAACUGGCACGGCCACCGCGGCCUGAACGUCUUGCAGGCCCUGGCGCCCAGUGCACAUGGGCCGAUGGGCCCCGCGCGGCAGCGCGCGAAAAGCCAGAACUUCUUGGCCCUGAUGAACCACGUCGCAGCGGCAGGAUGGGACCGCCUGCUCGAGGAAGGGGUUCCACCGAGCGCAGUUCAGACCAUGCUGGCGCAGCGCAUCAUUCGCCUGGGGGGGGGCGUGCAUGCGGGCGAGUUUUCGCUGAAGCUCGCUAACUCGGCCUGCGUGCUCAUCGCCGUGCCCGAUCGGGUCGAGACCAUGUCCUACUACGGCAAGAAGAAGUACUUCGACAACUUUAAGACGGCGUACCACCGCGUGGCGGAGAUGUCUUCGCGGCCCAGCGCCUAUAUGCUGGAGCUCCCGCAGACGCCUCAGGACCUCCUGGCGUCGUUCCCGACGGUCUACCAUGCCGCGUUCUCGGCAAAGCCUGGGGGGGGCCUAGCCGCGUGCCCAUUGGACAUGCGACUCCUUCGAGACUUGGAGGCGUCCUAUCGGCACCGCGGUGCCGCGCCCGCCUGCUCGGACCGCGCCAGCGGCGCGGCGUCGCAGGAGCUGGCCACCAGGGCGCCUCCGAACCAGAUGGAGCAGUACAUGCAACAGCAGAUGCAGCAGAUGACGCAGAUGACGCAGAUGAUGCCGAUGGCUUUCGGCGCGGCGGCGGGAAGCGUGCGAGGAGGCCAGAGCGCGGCGCCGACAGGGGGCGGCGAACUCUUGGACAACCUGUCGGUGUUCGGCGCGAAUCGGCGCCUUGGUAGACACCCUGCUCUCGCCGCGACGGGCGCGGCUCGCGCGGGCUCGAGCGAUGCGUCGGCGAGCCUUCCACAGGCCGCGGCGCCGACCGCGGGAUCGCAGCGCGCCGGCCCGCCCAACGUGACAUCGUCAGCAGAGGGGUCGCAGCAGAUCGCGGCGUCGGCAGCGGCGCCCCCGACCCAGCCGCAGCCGAUCGUGGCGUCGGCAGCGGCGCCCCCGACCCAGUCGCAGCCGAUCGCGGCGUCGGCAGCGGCGAGCGCGCCGCCAGCCGCUGAGCCAGCCGUCGAGCUCGCGCGGCCCUUGAGGAUGGACAUCGAGACACAAGUCGAGGUGGCCAUGAACAUGAUGUUGCAUAAGAAGAAUACGAAGCAGGCGAAGAAGCGCCCAGCGGCAUGCCAGGCGGCCGACGAGCGCGAGCAGGAGAACGAGGACGGUGAGCAGGAGGAGGUGGGGGACCAGCGUUCGUCGCCGAAGGCCAGAGGACGGCCAAAGGUGAAGACGGCGGCGAAGCCGAAAGCCAAGCCUAAGGACGCGGCGACAACGACGCCCAUGUCCAAGCCCAAGGUCCAGGCGCUCAUUUCCGACAUUGUUGCGUGGACGAGCUCGGACGGGAGCGUCAACAAGAACACGUUCGCAUCGAGGAUGUACUCCAGGGCCAAGAAGCGG